UCGCCGGCAGGACACCCAUGCGUGCGCCUACUCAGAAAUGCCAGGCAGACUCUGACUUGCUGACAGCAGAGAUAGAGCACGGCCAAGAAUGGGGGUUAGUAUCAGACUCUGGUAGACAGAAUUACAAGGAUCAGAGAGGAGGCUACAGCGGUUCUAAAGGGUCUCAUGCCAGUCCACAGCAGUCCCAGAGGAGAUCACAGGUGAUGGGGAGCCCAAAGAUUAGACCCAGGGCGAACAGUGGGGCAGACAGAGAUGGAGGAAGGAAGCCUGCACCCCAACAUUCGGAGCCCAAAAUGGACUACAGGGUGUUAAGUAAUUCUCCUGGAGCUCAGAGGAUUCAGAGGGGUGGGUUAACAGGACAGGAGUUGCCAGGUUGUGGCCGAGUGAGGGAUGAAGGACUUAUUGAGCUGCUGGACAUGCUGGACAUCCAACACGAUUACAGCUCCAGUCCCAGAACAGGACACACAAUUUACAGACAGGAGCCACAGCAGGUAAACCAAGCUGAGUUGUCCCCAGUUAAACCUAAGAGGAGCUUCUCUCGUCCCGCGCGACCAGCCAACCAGCGACCUCCCUCCAGAUGGGCCAGCUGCACCCCGACUGCCAGGAUCACCGUCCCAUCAGGCCCAAUGUACCGUCCCCCAAGCCCUCUUACUCGCCCCCCAAGCCCCAUGAUCAGAGCCCAAAGUCCAGCCCUGAAGCACCGGCCUCUCAUCUCCUACUCUCUUCAGACUGAGACUGUCAUAAUGUGAUACUUUCUCUACUUCCCUUUCAAUAAAGCUUGAUCCCUUCCCAGGGAAACCCCUCCUGUGGUUCCCACCGAACACCCUCUCUCUUUGUAAAUACUAAGGACAUCUGAUAAAGUGCUUUAAGAGAGUUGCUGCGAAGUGCUUCGUUUCAUCUUGAUGCCACGUUCAAGAUAAAAAACAUCCAAAACAUCCUCCAGUGUUGCUGUGGCUUUUUGCUUCUUCUGUGCCCAACAUUUGCCAACCCAUCAACAUAUAGCUUUUUGCAGUUCCCCCCUUUCCCACUUUCCUCUUUUUUUUAAAUUUGAAUUUCAGGCCUUUUCUGUAUAAAGAGAUUUAGCAUGCAGCCCUAGUUAGAGGGUGCGUGCUCGUGUGUUUAAUCCUCACGGUUGCCAUGUUG